ACUUUUCCACUUUUAUCGUGACACAGCAGUGCUUGUCCGUUAUCUCUAAUACAAUGAAUUUCCACUACACUGUUGUACUGUGUAUACUGGAACACAGCCAGAGACAGUUUCAGAGCGUUUCUCUUUCUGGAAUAAGUGUAAAACACUCCCAGAUCCAGGCUGUCUCCAUAUUUCUUUGUUUCCUCCCUUCAGACCUUUGAAACUGGGUGGAGCCAACAUGUGGUGACGAGACAGAGCUGACUGGCUCAGACUCAUUUCAGAAGUUUCACUUCCUGGAAGCAGAAACUCACUCCGUCGCUGCUGCUCAGAUGAGAACAUGGCUCAGAAAGGAGGUAAUGUUUAUUCAGAGAGCAUCUCUUGUUCCAUCUGUCUGGAUCUCCUGAAGGAUCCAGUGGCUCUCUCCUGUGGACACAGCUACUGUAUGAAGUGUAUUGAAACCCACUGGGAUGGAGAGGACCUGAAGACAACCUACAGCUGCCCUCAGUGCAGGAAGACCUUCACACAGAGGCCUGUCCUGGACAAGAACGUCCUGUUAGCAGAGUUAGUGGAGGAGCUGAAGAAGACUGGACUCCAAGCUGCUGCUGCUGAUCACUGCUAUGCUGGAGAUGAAGAUGUGUCCUGUGAUGUCUGCACUGGGAGGAAGAUGAAGGCUGUCAAGUCCUGUCUGGUCUGUCUGGUCUCCUACUGUGAGAAACACCUUCAGCCUCACUAUGAGUCUCCAGCCUUUAAGAAACACCAGCUGGUGGAGCCCUCCAAGAACCUCCAGGAGAACAUCUGCUCUCAUCAUAAUGAGGUGAUGAAGAUGAUCUAUCGUACUGAUCAGCAGUUGAUCUGUUAUCUCUGCUCUGUGGACAAACAUAAAGGCCACGACACAGUCAAAGCUGCAGCAGAAAGGACUGAGAGGCAGAAGAAGCUGGAGGAGAGUCGACUGAACAUCCAGCAGAGAAUCCAGGACAGACAGAAAGACGUGAAGCUGCUUCAACAGGAGAUGAAGGACAUCAGAGUCUCUGCUGAUAAAACAGUGGAGGACAGUGAGAAGAUGUUCAGUGAGCUGAUCCAUCUCAUCCAGAACAGAAGCUCUGAGGUGGAGCAGCAGAUCAGAUCCCAGCAGGAGACCGAAGAGAGUCGAGUCAAAGAGCUUCAGGAGAAGCUGGAGCAGGAGAUCAGGGAUCUGGAGAGGAAAGAUGCUGAGCUGAAGCAGACCUCAGAUACAUCAGAUCACAACCACUUCCUCCACAAAUACUCCUCAGAGUCAGCAGUCAGUGAGUCCAAACCUUCAUCCAGCAUCAACAUCCAACGUCCUCUGAGACACUUUGAGGACAUGACAGCAGCUGUGAAAGAGCUCAGAGGUAAACUAGAGGACGUUCUGAAGGACACCUGGACAAACAUCUCACUGGCAAUCACUCAGCCAGAUGUUUUACUGUCAGGACCAGAACCACAACCAGAACUAGAACUACAACUAGAACCAGAACCAGAACCAGAAUCAGAAUCAGAAUCAGAACCAGAACUAGAACUACAAAUAGAACUAAAAUCAGAACCAGAACUAGAACCAGAACCAAAGACCAGAGCUGAAUUCUUAAAAUAUUCACAAAAAAUCACUUUGGAUCGAAACACAGCUCACAGAAAGCUGUUAUUAUCUAAUAGGAACAGAAAAGUGACAUCAGUAAAUCAGCACCAGUCUUAUCCUGAUCAUCCAGACAGAUUCACUGGAUGGUUCCAGGUCCUGAGCAAAGAGAGUCUGACUGGACGAUGCUACUGGGAGGUGAAGUGGAGAGACGGAGCUGAUGUCGCAGUUUCAUACAAGGAUAUCAGCAGAACAGGGAGAACAAAUGAUAGUGGAUUUGGAUUCAAUGAAAAGUCCUGGUCUUUAUAUUGUGUUGCUGACAGCUACACAUUCUGGUACGACGGCACGAAAACUCCCGGCUCAGGUCGACCUUCCUCCAGAAUCGGAGUUUACCUGGAUCACAGAGCAGGUAUUCUGUCCUUCUACAGCGUCUCUAAAAGCAUGACUCUCCUCCACAGAGUCCAGACCACAUUCACUGAGCCGCUACAUGCUGGAGUUAACGUUUUGAAUUAUGGGAACACUGCAGAGUUCAUUAAACCCAAAUAGUCUGAAGUUUGUAAAGGACGGCUGGUUAGAAUGUUUUCAUCCAGCGGCCAACAGUCACUUUUUAAAACAAUUUACUGCUAUUCUAAAGAUUUAAAUGACAGAAAAUAUGUAGAAAGAUGUUAAUUUAUAUGGUGAAUGUCAAAAUAAAACAGAUUAAAACUAUUUCCAAUAAGUUUACAACAUUUGACUGUUAAAUUACACAAUUUUAAAGUUUAAAUCACCAACAAAUUUAUUUCCCAAUAAUUGCAAGAAAAAAAUCUGUAUAUUAAGGAUUGAAAAAUGGUAAUUAAGGUUGGUUAGAUGAUUUUUGAGGUUUUGUCUGUUUUAUUUUUUAAAUAUCUUGUAAAAUUAAAUUCAAAAAGUCUUAAGAUACAUGUUGACUAUAAAUAAAAACAUGAAGGUUAAUAGAAUGCUGAUCUUACCGAUGCUGUCCAGAUCCAUGAUGAUUCCACGUCUGGACAGUUUGUAGUUCUGUUGAUCUAAAAGGAAUAAAAUCUGUUUUUAACUUGGUUUUUAUGCAGUUUGUAAAUCAGCGUUUUCUAUUUCUGAGUAUUUCUGAAAGCAUUUGGAUUAUUAGAUCGUUUUCUGUGCAGCUGUUUACUUUUCUCACCAUCGCUUCACUGAAUGGUACAUUGUUGUAUUUUUAAAUGUCAUUAUUUGUAUUUUUCACAUGUACCAGUUUUGGACUUCACAGUUUAUUCUGAAUGUAGAUUUUAAGGAAUUAUGAGCUGAGUUUGUGUUUUGUAAUUUUCAUUUGUGAUUAUUUUAAAUUUGGCCUGUUUGGCUCUUUAUGUAUCUGGAAUAAAAGUUGGAAAAGUAACGUCUUUUGUUGGGAUUUUGAAGUCUUUGAUUUCUGUCAGUUAAUGUCAAAAAUAAAGUUAAUGUUGAACAUUUUUAUGGCAUUUGUUUGAAAUGCAUCAGCAUGAAUGUUAGUGCACGCUCCAGACUCUAAAAAUAGUAUAUAUAGCACUCAUUGUAUAGAACAGCAUCAUGUAAACAAACAUUUAAAUCUUCAAAUUUAAUAUUUGGUUGUUAUGCUUCCUGUUCGGCGCAGUAAUGUGAUGUAACUUCCUGUCUGUCGUGUUGAAGAUAUUCAUGGCACUUUCUCAGUUAUUAUUCAUUUCUGCCUGCUAGCAUUAAAACACACCUGGUCCUGA